UUGAAACGAGACUCGGAAUCAGUAUAUGGUUUCUUGAAACAGAAUCUAUAUACCAUCUCAUUUGGACCACCUGCAGUGAAAUCUAAGCACAUGAAUGUACUCAGUAGAACAUUUUUAUCCAGGAAGAUCAGAACCCCACGAGAUCUAGAGAGUCAAAAUAUUCAUCUAAAAUCCGAGAAAAUCGAAGACUUUCCCGCCGGAUACCCGCGGUUUUGUGCAUUGAUUAGUUCCACCAACUCGUUGCAGCUCUACCGGAGAUUUUCCAUCCUGCGGUCGCGGGACCUUUUGUUGAAACAAGAUCGAUUGUCGAUUCUAGAGAAAAGACUCCAGGAUCUUGAUCUUAGGGAAGAGAAGCCCUCAUAUCUCGGCAGCUGUCGUCGCGACCUCAAUAAUGAGCGUCAAGCAGUCCUGUCUGACAUAUCAAAGGCUUUGUUCGACUAUGAUCAAACUCUACUCAGAAAUUCUCGAAUCGCCGACUUGAAGCAUGCCGGGCCUCGUCAAGUCGUCACCCUACGGAACUGGAUCGAGGGCAAUGCAUGUGUAUCUCGUAGUGAGACCGAUUUUCUGCAACACGACGGAGACUUGAUAGCUCUUUCAUCACCCAAAGAUGAAACCUUGGCCUGUCUGGAAGAAUGGGUGGAGGACAGACUGAUUAGCCUUUUCACGCGAUCUUACAAAAAUCAAUGCCAGGCGCUGUCCGAUGACCCAAUGGUGUAUAUUCCCCAUGGAAUAUUGGCUAUUAUUCUGGCCCGGGCAUUGCUUGGAACCUUCGUCGUGAUUCUGAUCAUGGUCCCUGUCCUGAUCUGCAAUUUCCUUUUGAGUGUGCUGUUACGACUCGUCGUAGUCAGCUUGGCGACAACGGCAUUUAUUGCAUUCCUAUCAGGGGGCACCCAUGCCAAGACCAUUGAGAUAUUGGCUGCAGCUGCUGCAUACGCGGCUAUCUUGACGGUCUACGUUACGCAAAGUUGAUCUGGUGGUGGCUCAAUGACGCGUUUAGCAGUCUGUACUCGAGACCUAGUGGAGUACAGUACAGAUGUUGAGACUAUCCCUACCCGACCUGUCUAAUAUUCUCGCUUGCGGGGCAGCGUUAAGUAGAGAUGUAUAUAUAAUACAUAUGCGCAACGAGCGCCAACCUUGCUUAGAGAAAGAAAAAAAAGCUCC